GGAAAUUCGAUGAUUGUGCCGUAUAACUUUGGAUGAAAAUGAAAAGAGGCAGCGGAUUCAAGAAUAGUGAAGAAUUCCAAAUCCAUUUCCCCAUCAUAUAUAUCUCUACGUCGAAAGGCAACCACUAAAAUUACACACACAAUACUUAUACGAAAAAAGGGAAAAGAAUUUCAAGAAAUUAGUGAAGAAACGCACACACAUCAGCAAUAGCGUAGCGCUGCCCCUUCUCUCUUUCAAGUUUCAUAUCUGCUGCUGACUACUCUCUCUCUCCCUCACUUGGGUUUUUAUUUUCUCUUUCAAGAAUCGCUCUCCUCGAUCGACCCAGUCUUUGACAAUCUUGGAUAAGAUGGGAAGUAAUGGUGGAGAGCACAUAAAGAUUUCUGGAAGGGAUGCAGCUGAAUGUUCUCAAACCACUGUUCUGAUCAAGAUCAAGACAUUAGAUUCUCAAACUUUCACUCUGCGAGUGGAUAAAUGCGUGCCUGUUCCAGAACUGAAGGAACAGAUUGCUUCUGUAACUGGUGUCCUGUCGGAGCAACAACGCCUUAUAUGCCGUGGAAAAGUUUUGAAGGAUGACCAGCUCCUCUCAGCUUAUCAUGUGGAAGAUGGGCACACUCUGCAUCUUGUUGUGAGACAACCCAUUGCUACCUCAGCAGAGCAAUCAGAUCAGCAAGCAACCGAUCCAACUUCAAGUACAGGGCAAAACGCAGGUGGUCGGAUAAGCCCUGGGAUGGUGGUCGGAACCUUCAAUAUAUCAGAGCAGGGAGAUGGAGCUUUCCCUGAUCUAAAUCGGAUUGUUUCUGCUGUUCUUAAUUCUUUUGGUGUUACAAGAUUUGGAAGUGGCGCUGAAGGAAUUGAUCUAAAUCAACCUCCAUUGGAACGUCUCUCAACUGCAUCUGGACUCAGUGGUACCAGAAAUUCUAGCAGACCACAAUCUGACCAAGCAGCUUCAGUUGCUAUUCCUGUGGAACCUCUGCAGCCACCGGUUAUACCCGAUUCAUUGACAACUUUGUUACAGUACUUGAGCCAUUUGAGACAAGAAUUUCCUGCAUACGGCCAAAGUGCAAAUGCUCAAAGUGGGAGGGAUGGGCAAGAUUUAGAAUCUGCUGUGCAUUCUAGUGAGACAAGAGGGCUUCUGAAUCCUGAAUCAUUGGCCGAGGUGAUGUCAUCUGCCAGACAACUUCUCCUUGAACAAGCCGCUGAGUGCUUGUUGCAACUUUCAGGACAACUUGAAUCUCAUUCGAGUGUGACGGAUUCGUUGGAGCGGUCAAGAAUUCAAUCUAAUGCUAUAAGAUCAGGAGCUCUUUUUCAAAAUUUGGGUGCUUUGCUGCUAGAGCUUGGUAGGGCUAUGAUGACCCUGCGAAUGGGUCAGUCGGUGGCUGAUGCAUUGGUGAAUGCUGGACCAUCGGUCUUCAUAUCUUCAACUGGGCCGAAUCCUAUCAUGGUUCAGCCUCUGCCUUUCCAACCAGGGGCAAGUUUUGGCUCAGUUCCUGUGGGUACUGUUCAACAUGGCUCUGGUGUAGCUGGAAGUUCUGCUGCUACAGGUUUCCUGCCCAGAAAUAUUGACAUCAGAAUACGAGCAGGAUCAUUAUUUCCUCGAAGAGAGCCUGCUGCUUCGCCGUCUCAAGGGCAAACUGGUACACCAUCAUCUAAUAGUGCAAGUCCCAGUCAACAACAAGAUGCUGCAACGGUUGAACCAAGCUCACGCAAUAGGGAACCACAACUGAGGGCCGUUCCCAUUAGAACUGUAGUUGCUGCAGUUCCUGCCUCUGUUGGGCGUAGUGCAGAUUCAUCUCGUGGUUCAAUAGGGAUCCUAUAUCCAGUUUUGGCUAGAGUUCAACAUCUAUCUUCAGGAAGCUCAAAUAAUGCAAGAUCUUCUCAAGCAUCAGAUCAAAAUCAUGAUCAUAAUGGUAAUACCGAACUACCUGUUCCUGGUUCUUCAACACAACAGCAACAUGUUCCGGUCCUGGGAGGAAAUGGCAGCGACAGUUUACCUUCUGAAGCACUUAAUGAUCAAGGAUUCUCUGCCCAGGUCAGAGGACUCGAGCAACUGCUAAGUAGUAUAUUUCCAGGGGGUCAGAUCCUCAGUGAAAGUACCGAGCUCCCACAUUCAGCUUCUGCUCCAAGUCAUGCUGAAGCUGCUCAAGGUACUCACAAUUCUCAGGAAUCAGCAUCAGCUGUGAGUGAAGAAGGGGUACUUUUAUCUAAUAUUCUACGCCAGAUAAUGCCGAUGCUCUCCGAGAACACCGGAGCUGAGGAUAACAGGACAUCCACUGAAGGAGCAAAUUCAGAUGAAACACAGGUUGAUGACAACAGAGAUCAGGGUUCUUCUCGUCGCAGGAGAGGCUCUCAGUCGCAAGCAAAUCCAAAACGUCAGAGGAGGGAGUGAGCUCUGCAGAGUAACAUUGAAUCUGUUAGCGGAAGAGUCCUCAUGAUGGCUGAGUUUACUCCAGCGAAAACGACUUCUGCUGGCAGCUAACGUUAUAUGAUAAGAGAGUCGAACAGAGGCGUACAUAAUUUCCUUUUUUUUUGGGUUUUCUUUUUGGCUGAAUAUCAUUUUUCUAUUAUUGGGUGAUCCUCCUCGACUUCGUUAAGUAAUGCUAUUCUUUAUUCAUUAGCGUAGAGAUAGAGAGAGAGAGAUGGAGAGAGAGGGCAUGGAGAAGUGAAGAUGGUAUUCUGAUGGUCAUGGUUGCAAAUAAUGUACAAGUUGACAAUCCUUCUUAUCUUGUUAUUUAUAUGAGUGCCCAAGGCUAUGCUGCCUAGACAACCACUUUUCGUUAUUUAUAUAUUUACUUACAAAUUGAGUUGCA